AUGAAAUCGAUUUUGAAGAAACGCGGUAUUCAAAAUGGCAUACCGUCGCCAGUGGUUGGUCGCAGAGGAUCAGCACCUCUUGAGGACUGGUCGGUGGGUUCGUCAUCGAAUCGCGCCGCAACGCCAGCAUUUCCGGUGCGGAGGGAAACACCGCUUCCAUACCACCCGCUUUUAUUCGAAGGUGCGAAAGAUGUAAUGCCUCCAAUGCAACCCAUCAAUAUCAAUUACAGGUCCGCGUCGCCUCGCUCAGGCUAUUACGCAUCGAGCCGUCGCACAUCAAUGUCAUCAACAGGUUUCUUUUAA